AUGGCUGUUGCAGAGUUCACUUUAUCCAAUAUGACCGUAUCACAUGUUGUUUCUGAAUCUAGUACUAUCAGCGAGAUGAUUAGUAUGGUGAAACAAUACUGGCCUUAUGUCCCUGAAGACCUCAUACUUUUUGGUUACACCAUAGAUGGAAAAUCACAUAUGAUCAAUCACGAUAUGGAGUUGAGGGAAGACCGUCCACUGACCAUCAUAUCAUAUCGUGAAGCUGGCCUUCUGAAACAUGUCCCUGUGAUCUUCCCAAAGGCUUACCAUUCUUACUGUUUUUACCACAUGAAAGGGAAUAUUCCGGUUCCAAAGGGAAAGAGCGGGCAAACUGUUGUGAAGUUGUUUGAAGAGUGUUACACUGCGUUAACAAAGGAGAAGUUCUUUGCUGCUGCCAAGAGUAUGAGCAAUCUGAAGCUGGAUUCAGUGAUUGAUUGGAUGGUGAAGAUUUCAUUCCAGAACUGGGCUGCUCAUGCGUUUCUAAGAGAAAGGUAUGGUGAGAACACAUCUAACAUUGCAGAGAGUUUUAACAGUGUGAUCAAGCAUGAUAAGCGGCUUCCAGUACUUGAGCUUAUCGACUGUAUUCGUGCUAAGGAUAGGCUCAACAAGAGGGUGACCGACUGCCAUUUUUACAAGUUCCGUAGAUCAAGUGAUAGAGUUUUUGAGAUCAUUUGUCCUACUGGAAAGCACACAGUCGACUUGGAUGCUAAGACAUGCACUUGCAAUUGGUUGCAGAAGCAUAGUUUCCCUUGCACCCAUUCAAUGAAAGCGAUGAUGCAGAUUGGGCCAGACGAACCUUACAAGCAUAUCAUUCCAUAUUAUACCACCGAGUACUAUAGAGGUUUGUAUACUCGUGCUAUCUAUCCUAUCCCCGAUAUUGAGAGGCCACCUAAAAUUAAUGAGGAAGGUUAUGUUUUUCCUCCCAAUGGUGGUCGAGAGUCAGCUGGAAGGCCAAUUACUUCAAGGUGCAUGGGUUCUCAAGAGAAAGUUUACAAGAAAAGGAAGUGUGGUCAGCAUGGGAGACUUGGCUUCCACAACCGUCGUAGAUGUCGCGGAGCUCCUUUGGCUCCUCGUGCACCAGUGUUUCGCAUGGAGUCUAAUUCCAGGAUGAUCAACUUUUUGAGGAGGAUGUUGUUCUGA